AAUAAAUUGAAAUUGUGAAAAAAUAAGAAAUGAAACCAAAAAAUAUUUAUUAAAAAAGUAAGUGAUAUAAUUAAAGGAACUAAUCAAUUAAUUGAAAGAAAGAAAAAAAAGUGUUAUUGUGUUACAAAAAAGUGAGAGCUUAAUUAAUUGCCAACGCAUAUCAAAUGAAUUAAAAGAAAAAUAGGUGAAGCCGGAAACUACAUUGACAAAUAAAGUGAUAAGACAUUGAAAGGAUCUCAAAAUCCUUAAUAAAAGUAAUCUAUGAAGUGCAUAAGUGAUAGAUAAAGCAAAUGAAUCGCUCAAUGAAAACUUUAUGAAAUAGUAAAAUUAAUUGAAAAAUAUUAAGAAAGAAAUUAUAUACACACAAAUAUAUAUAAAUGAAAAUGGAACAACUAGUACGAACGGAAGAGUUUUUGAGAGUCAAAAUUGGUGAAGCAAAAAACCUUGCCGGUCGUGCCAAUACAUCAUCAACAACAAAAGAUGUGUAUUGUACAGUUGCAUUAGAUCAGGAGGAAAUCUGUCGAACACAAUCACAAAGGAAUCAAGCUCCAUUCUUUGGAGAGGAGUUUUCUUUUGAGAUACCAAGAAAAUUUCGCUAUUUAUCCGUUUAUGUACUAGAACGUGAUCGACAUUUAAAGCAGGAUAAGGCGAUAGGAAAGAUAGCAAUAAGACGCGGUGAUUUACAUUUAUAUAAUCAUAAGGAUCAUUGGUUUCCACUGCGACCAGUCGAUGAUGAUUCCGAAGUUCAGGGUAUGGCACAAAUAGAAGUUAAAAUCAUCGACUCAGAUGAUGAUCAUAGUAAAGAAAAUUUUAAAUCGACGAGUAAUAAUUACACGACGACAACAAUCUUAUCACCUGCCACAAAUCAUCAAACGUCAAAUCAUAAAGCACCAAAACUCCUUCAUUCCACACACACAUCAUCACUUGUUCAGAGAUCGAGUAGUCAACAAGAUGUGAGCCUAAAGCAACAGGGCAAUUUCCUCAGAGUUCCUUACACAAACUCCUUUCAUCAGAAUCAAAGGAUUCAAGUACGACUGAAAGCAUGUUCGGAUCUAACAAAAAAGAACAAUCAAUGUGAUCCAUAUGCAACUAUAACGGCACUUUAUACAAAUAAACGUAAAAUAACAAGACGAACGAAAGUACGAAAGAAAACGAUACAUCCAACAUUCGAUGAAGUAGUUGAAUUUAAUCUUUAUGAUUUUACGCACGGAAGUGGAUCACAUGGUACAAGUGACAGUAAGAUUUAUACAGUGACGCCAUUCGGCGGUAAUGAUUUGUGUGAGAUUGUUGUGCAGCUAUGGCAUUCAGCUGGUAUGGCUGAAGAUAAUUUCCUCGGUGAAGUAAGACUGCCAGCACGAGGCAAACAAGAGCUACAAUAUCUUCAACAAUCAGCAUGGUAUUUUUUACUUCCACGUUCGAGUCAAUCGAGACCUGCAAAAUCAUGCGCAACGCCGCCUGGUACACGACUUAGCUGUGAAAAUUCAUUAGGCUCAUUGAGACUUAAACUUCAUUAUCAAGCAGAUCAUGUAUUUCCAUUAGCAAAUUACGAUCAAUUAUUGAAUCUCCUCAUACAGAGUGUAGAGCAACGUCCAAUCACAACAUCUGCCGUCUAUUUAUUAGGUGAAAUGGUUGCGAAUAAGCAAGAAAUUGCACAGCCACUUGUGAGAUUAUUUACGCACAAUAAGCGAAUUGUGGAUAUAAUUCAGCGACUAGCAGAAUAUGAGAUAUGUAAAUUAACCGAUCCAACGACGAUAUUUCGUGGCAAUACACUCGUCUCGAAAAUGAUGGAUGAGGCGAUGAAAUUAAGUGGUCUUCAUUAUCUUCACUCAACCCUAAGGCCAAUCGUUGAGCUCAUUUUACAUGAGAAAAAGUGCUGUGAAAUUGAUCCGGCGCGAAUAAAUCGAGAAAAAACGUCAAUUGAACAGAAUCUUAAUAAUUUACAUGACUAUGUUGAGAAGGUGUUUGACGCCAUCAUCAGAAGUGCAAAUAAGUGUCCACGUGUUCUCUGCGAUAUUUUCUACAAUAUGCGUGAGAGUGCGACGAAAUAUUUUCCACAGAAUAAAGAGGUUCGAUACAGCGUGGUAUCUGGCUUCAUCUUUUUACGAUUUUUCGCACCAGCAAUCCUCGGACCAAAAUUAUUCGAUCUAACUGCCGAGCCAUUGGACUCACAAACAAAUCGAACGCUUACGUUAAUCUCAAAAACAAUACAAUCACUGGGGAAUCUAGUGAGCUCACGAUCAGCGCAACAACACGCAAAAGAGGAAUUUACUGUCGAGUUAUAUAAGAAAUUCUGCACCGAGAAGCAUGUCGAGGCAGUCAAACGUUUUCUUGAUGUCAUUUCUUGUUCGACAAAAGACUCACGCGAUGUCGAGGCAUGUGGACAUGAACCGAUAUUAUUGAAGGACGGGAUGAUGACGAAACAUGCACAAAAUAGAAAACGUUUUGGACGGCGGAAUUUUAAGCAGCGCUACUUCCGAUUAACCACUCAUACACUUAGUUAUGCUAAAGCAAAAGGCAAACGACCAAUCUGUGAUAUUCCGCUAACGGAACUUGCUGCCGUUGAGAGGCUUGAGGAGAAGAGUUUUAAACUACAAAAUAUUUUUCGGAUCACGCGUAAGGAUCGACCGUUGUACAUUCAAACCGCAAAUUGUGUUGAGGAGAAGAAGUGGGUGGACCUAUUAAGUAAAAUUUGUGAGAAUAACAAACGAAGACUUGAUACUUUCCAUCCAUGCGCUUUCAUUAAUGGUGAAUGGACGUGCUGUAACGAAAGAGAUCAGAAUGCAAAUGGAUGUAAAGCGGUUGACGAAACACCGUUAGAAGUUGAUCUUGUGACGCAAUUAGAUCCAGCUCGUGAUUUACAACGUCUUCAUUCAUUAAUUAUCGGCAAUAUGAAUGUUAUGACGAAAUUCUUCGAUACAAAUAUGCCAAAAAAUGAGGAGACGGAAUUUACACGUCAAACACUCCGAAGGCUCAGUGAAGAGGCGCUGAAACUCGAUCAAAUUCAACGUAAUCAUAGAAAUAAGCAACUUAAGGAUCUUAAAGUCGGCAGUAAACAAGAGCCGAUUGGCGAUGACAAUUACAUUCGUGGUGUGAGCUCAUCGAAUUUAAAUUCGGGUUCAUCAACAACUCCACGUCCUGUGACUACAACAAAUCAACACUUUGAUCUUCCACCAACUCUCUUUCAACGUGGACAUUUUCUACGCAAUUCCGAUGGAUUUUCGCAUUUCUAACAGCCACUGUUGUGCUCUUGCUUGGUAUGACGUUCCAUUAUGUGACACACGAUAGAUUUGAAUUACACGAAAUGGUGAAGAAGAACUGACGACUGAAUUGCGACGACAAACACUUCAAAUUUUGAAUUAUUUUCGAAUCGACACACGAUGAAAUAAGAUGAAUGAUGAAGAUGAUUAUGUUGAACAAUAGUCGCACUGAAUGAUGAAAGCGAUCAGAUCAUGAUAAUGAUGAGUGUGUGUGCAUGUUGAAUUCCACUUUUGUUUGUGGAAUUUAAACAUUUUUAUACUACUUUCAAACAAAAAAAAAUGAACUAUGAUGAUGAAACUCUUGAGACUAAAAAAAAAAAAAUUGAUACAAAAAUUGUAUGUUGUGUAAAAUUGUGUCUAUUUUUAAGAUAAAUUUUAGAGAGAAAAGAAGAAAGAAAAUGCAAAAAAAAAUAUUUAUGAAAAAAAAAAAAAGUAUCGUCUGAGGGGGGUUGACACCCCUUUUUGGCUAUUCUCCUCCUUAAUUUUCUUUCUUUUUUUUGUAAUUUUUGUAAUUAUUGAAUUUAGAUUCUUUUUGUUCGUUAUUAUUUUGUAAUAAUUUUCCCGUGGAAAAUUUCCUUUUUCUAGAAAAUAAUUUAAAAUAUUUUUUUUAAAAAUGAAAAAUGUUUUUUAAUUAGUUGAUAUAUGAUGUAUUAUAUUAAGUGAAUAAUUGUAUAGUAAAAAAAAAGAUUGGAUAAGAACUUACAAAAUAGAUGAUAAGUAAACGACAGACAAAUUAAAAUUAAUAAAAAAAAUGAAUAGCAAUAUGAACUUUUAAAAAGCUGAA